AUGGCCCCAUACAUCGAUACGCAAGAUGAUUCUCCCUCGUCGCUAGACGCCUUUUCACACGUUCAGCCUCCCAAGGAUACCAAUGUUGCAUUCCAGUACUGGGAAGAGCUCUUUCGCAGCGUCGGAUCACAACCGCGGCUGGCAUGCCUGCCUCUGGACCACCAAUGGCCUCGUGCGGAAACGACAGUACUGGCCUCCGACGGCCUGCUGGAGGCAGCCAUGACGUUCGGCCGUGCACACAAUAUCAGCCUGGAGGACUUGAUAUACGCCGUAUGGGCUAUCGUUUCUGCGAGGCAAACGGUUAGCGGCCAAUCCACGGUCCUGUUUACCGUCACUGGCCGCAGCCAACCCAGCGCCAAACAAGAUACUACAGAGAAUGGAGGAGCCGAACAGCACUACCCCCUGGUUCUAUCCGUGCCUGAGGAUGUGGAUGUUCUCUCGUGGGUUCGUCAUGUGGGCACCGCUGCAGCCACAGCUUCUGCCCUGUCAUACAUUGGAUACGAUCGAAUUAUGGAGAGAGCCUCGGGAAUGCGCCCCCAAGUGAAAGUGUCAGUGACUUUCGAGGAUGAUAGCCACGACACGAUGGCUCCAGAUGAUGACUUCCCCUUGGUAUUCAACAUCAUCGCAUCGGCCAGCCUGAAACUCAGCAUGCGGCACAACGCUACCGUCCCAAGGGGGGAUGUUCGAGCUCUACUGGAUCGCUUUGCAGUAAUGCUACAACGGGUGACAGAGAACCAUGACGCCAAAGCCUCGUCAGUCGAUAUCAUGCCUCCAGCUGAAAGACAGCUACUGCUCGACUAUGGCAAAGCCCCCCUCAAGCCGAAAAGCGGUAUGGUUCAUUCUCUGGUCGAGGAACAAGCAAAAGUGAGGCCGGAUGCAGCUGCAGUACAGUUUGAGACAGAAUCCCCACUCACGUACUCUGCCCUGAACAAACGGUCAAAUCAGCUAGCCCGCCAGAUCCGCCAAUAUGGUGCCAAAUAUAUUGCCGUACACCUGCGCAUGUCUACCGACUUUAUCGUGGCACUUUUGGCUAUUCUGAAAUCUGGGGCAGCAUACGUUAUCUUAGAUCCUGAUGCUCCCGCUGCCCGGAAAUCAUUCAUCCUCGAGGACCUCCAGCCUGGCCUGGUCCUGGUCGAUCACAAUACCGCAGGUGAGCUGGAUAACGAGGUCCAGAUUGCAAAUCUACUGUCUCAGUCCUCCAGCCAUGAUACCGGUGAUCUCCUGCAUGUCCAGGACCCAAGCAGCGUUGCAUACGUGAUUUACACGUCGGGGUCUACGGGGAAACCGAAACCGGUACUGCUCGAGCACCAAGCUGCCUUUAACGGCCUGUUGGCCUUUCCGCCAGUUGUAGGACUUCGCCAGCUGCUCUUCUUCAAUCCAGCCUUUUCGGCGGCGCAGAGAUCCAUUUGGGCCACUCUCGCUGUCGGUGGAUGCCUGUGUCUCGCCAGCAAAGAAAAUCUUACCGUCCAUACGGCAAAGAUGAUCAAUACCAUGGAUAUUAAUUCGGUCGAUAUGACCUCGUCUGCGGCUGCGUUGAUAUCGCCGGAUGAUGUGCCGUCGCUUCGGCGCAUGGUGCUGGGAGGCGAGAUGGUCAAUCCCGCUGUCAUUCCGACAUGGGAACAUCGAGUCGAACUUCUCUCGUCCUACGGCCUCAGUGAAUGCACACAGCUCAACUGGCGUCAUCGCUUGCAAUCCAAUGUCAGCUCCCGCAUGAUCGGGCAACCAUUUGACACGACGACCUCCUAUAUCCUCAUUCCUGGCACCACGGAGCUUGCGCCUCUACUGGUCCCCGGCGAGCUGUGCCUCGGCGGUGCUCAACUUGCCAGAGGAUAUUUACACCGCCCUGAGGAGACAACGAAGCGGUUUAUCCCGAACCCUUUUGGGAAAGGCAGAUUAUACCGAACGGGCGAUAUGGCUGUCCGCCACGCCGACGGGUCGGUCGAGUUGGUCGGGAGGAUCGAUUUCCAGGUUAAGAUCAAUGGGCACCGGGUCGAUCCCGGCGAGCCCAAUUCGAUUAUUCAAGCCAUCGAGGAAGUUGAAGACUCGGCCGUCGUUCCGGCUUCAGUGAACAACAGGACGGUGCUUGUCGCUGCGGUCGUCAGUCGUCCCGACACUGAAUGGGAGGCUCUUGUCGGAAAACUUCGGCCAUUCCUGGCUGCCAGGCUUCCACUCUACAUGGUUCCACAGUUCUGGGUGUCCAUGCCGGCAUUGCCUGUAAACGCAAACGGAAAGGUUGACAUGAUGGCAAUCCGUAAGACGGUGGAGGCCCUAGGGGAGUCCGGCCAGCUGCUUCCCGAACGGUCUCACCUGGGAUUAAAGGAAGAAAGCGACUUGACUGACAACGAGAAGGCGAUCCGGAGCUUAUGGGCCAAGGUUCUGCCACUCUCGGAGUCGGAGAUCUCCCUUGAAGAUUCCUUCAUCUCACUGGGCGGUACAUCGCUUGAAGCUAUUCAGGUCGUGUCACAACUCCAGGUACUCCACGGACUCAGCCUCCGGGUCGAGGAUAUACUUCUUGGUGAGACGCUGUCCCAAGUUGCAGCCGCCGUGCAACCACAGCUUGCAGAGGAGAAAGCCGAUAAUGAUACCAGCUCUUCUGCGCUAUUCCAAGUGGCACCAUCCAUUGAGAGCCUCGGUAUCAGCAUCUCCGGCAUAGAAGACGCCUUUCCUGUGACCCCUUUCCAAGAAGCGGCCAUUGCAAACACGAUGAUGGGCGGUACAAGUUAUAUCUACAGUCGCUCCUACAGCUUUGAGGGCUACAGCCAGGAUGAUGUCAAGGCCGCCUUCGAGACCCUGAUGAAGUCCGACGGUUGGCUGCGUACAACAUAUGUCCCUCAUGGAACCUCCUUCCUCCAGGUGGUGAAGAAAACUGCCGAUCUCCCUUGGGAGACGUCUGACAUGGACAUGACCGAGUACAUGCAGAAACAGACGUCCAAGGCGAUGCAUCCUGGGGAGCUUUGGUGGAAUGCGGCGGCCUUGCCUAACGACGUCCUCGUCAUCACCGCUCAUCAUGCGCUUUUUGAUUUCUGGUCCAACGAGUUUCUGACCCAGGACCUCACCUCUGUGCUGCAAGGGACGCCCCGGAUCCAGCGACGUGGGUUCCGUCCCUACGUUGAGUAUCUCCAACAACAUGACGCCGUCGCCAUGCAAAAGUUCUGGCAAGAGUAUCUCGACGGUGCUGUGCCUAGCCGCCUUGGUUCCCAGGUUGCCCCAGAAAACACUGUUGCUGCCGAGGUACACUGUGACCUGAAGAGCACCGCAUCGCAGCGCAGGGUCACACCAGGCGUUCUUCUGUACGCCGCGUGGGCCAUUGUUCUUGGCCUUGCCAACUCGACCGAUGAUGUGGUCAUGGGCGUGACCUUUUCCGGGCGAGAUGCCCCCGUUACAGGUGUCCUUCAAAUGAGCGGCCCUACUCUCAUGGUCGCUCCGCUGAGGGUCAAGGUCAACAAGUCUACACCAUUGGACACCUACUUGGAAAAUGUUCAGUCCAAUCUCUGGGCCGUCGCCAGCAAUGCGCCGUAUGGGUUGAGGAAGAUCCUGAAGGCUAGUGGCCAGCCGAAAGAUCUCUUUGAUACGAUGGCAAACUUCUUAAUCAAAAUCCCCGCAUCCACGCCUGCUGGAGGACUAAGGCAGCUGCCCGAGAGCAAUCUGGGAACGGUUGAAUAUAGCAAAGUUGAACUUCGCAACGAGAGCUUGAACCGCGUGACUCUGACCUCCACAUUGGAACCGGGGUAUGCUCAGGCUCUUGCAGAUACCCUCGCGGCCGUUUUAGACGCAGCAUCUGAUGGACCGGUGACCAAACUUGAGGAGUUCAAAUUGGUGCAACCGGUACCCAGGCUCAUGGAUAGGCUCGAUGAUCCAGUGGGCGAUGUGCCCGUUUCCGGGGCGCAAACUAUCAAGGUCGAAGAUCGGGUAGAGAGUCCAGAUGGCGAGCUAGCCCACUCUGCGUUGCAGAGAAUUGCCGCGUCCCAUCCGUCCUGGACGGCGGUCGAGGACAUCUCUGGAGCGCGGAUUACUUAUGCGGGAUUAGCUAUCAAAAUGAACCAACUUGCAGGUUGCUUGAGGAAACGGGGCCUGGAGCUGGAGCAGAUCGUCCCCAUUAUGCUCGAAAAGUCGAUCAACACCAUUAUCGCCAUGUUUGGCAUCCUUGUUGCUGGAGGUGCCUUUUUGCCCCUUGGCCCAGAAAAUCCCCGGGAAAGAAACUUGGGAAUCCUCGAAGACUGCGGUGCCAAACUCGUCAUCACCGAUAAAUUGAAUGCGGAAUUCUUCAAGUGCACCUCCUAUGAAGUAAUCGUCAUCGAUGCCAUCGCAUGGGACACAAUUCCUCUCCAACGGCAAAUUGUGCCUGGGCUUAAUCCAAAUAGCCUUGCCACGGGCAAGCCAAAGGGGACACUGAUACCCCAUAGCGCCAUUGUCGCGGCCCUGGAAGGUAUACUUUAUGCUACGACCCAGGACAACUCCCGAAGGAUAAUGUGGUCGCUAAACUACACUUUCGACGGUUCUUUCUAUCCUCUCUUUCCGACUCUGGCAACUGGCCGCACGCUGUGUGUCGCUCCACAGAACACCAUCGUCGGCAACCUCGCCGAAGUCAUCACCAAGAUGAAGGUAGACCAAAUCAACCUAACACCCACCAUGGCCAGCCUUGUUCACCCGGACGACGUGCCGACUCUGGAGAUUCUAGCCACGGGAGGGGAGCCAGUCACGCACAACAUGCUCAAUGUCUGGGCGCCCCGCAUCAAAGUGUACACCUCGUAUGGCCCUACGGAGGCGACUAUCUGCGUUACGACUCGGCAAGUCACUCCAGACAUGAACAUUCGCAACGUCGGCCGCCCGUUCCCAAACACCACCGCACUCAUCCUUGACCCGGACACAAUGGAGGAACUGUCGUCUGGCAGCGUUGGGGAGCUCUGCAUUGCCGGUCCUCAGCUGGCCAGAGGUUACUUGAAUCGCCCUGAGGCGACGAACAAGGCCUUCCAGGGUACUUCCGAUCGACGGUUCUAUCGAACUGGAGACCUUGCUCGAUUGCUGCCCAACGGUGAAAUUGAGCUAUUUGGACGCAAAGACGACCAGGUCAAAAUCAACGGGCACCGAAUGGAACUUGGUGAAAUCGAGAGCGUUAUCAGGCAGACGAAUGUCUUCAGCCAGUGCGCCGUCAUUGCCGCAACUGUCCUCAAGAAAAAGCAGCUCGUCGCAUUCUGCUCUUCAUCAGUCCAGACACCGGGCGAGGCAGCAGGGGAAGACCUGCUCCUGGCCCCAACUGAGUUGCCCGGGGUUGAUCAAAUUAAAGCGCAACUGACCACUCUUCCGCAGUAUAUGGUCCCUACAAUAUGGCUUCCUGUCUCCAAACUCCCCAGUCUUACCUCGGGGAAAAUCGAUCGGAAGCGACUGACAGCCCUGGUUGAAGGCAUGGCUGACAGCGUACUGAAAAGCUACCUGCCGCAUUCCGAGACAUCGGAGAUCAACUCAGAAGCAGAGCGGGAAUUGCAGUCGCUAUGGUCUGCUCUGUUUGACACCCCGGCCGAGGAUAUCCACGCCAAUUCGACCUUUCAUGCACUCGGUGGGGACUCCAUCUCUGCAUUGAACCUGGGCAGUAUGCUUCGUCGGCGCGGAUACAAAAUACAGAUCAACGAUAUCCUGUCCAGCUCCACGUUGCGGGAACAAGCCGCGCUCAUGGUCAAGGACCAACCUAAUGAUGACAGCACUGCUGCUGAGACUGUCCAGCAACUGGUGUACCGGCCAUCUGAACUUGUGUACCAACGCCUCGAGCAAAUUGGUGUCUCCAAAAACGAUGUGGAGGACAUCUAUCCUUGCAGCCCGGGCCAAAUUGAGUUCUUCACGCAAGGAGAGAAGCCUGACCGGUUCUGGCAGCUGAUGGCCGUUCGCACGCUACCCGACGGCUUGGAUUUUGAUCGUUGGAUCUAUCUGACAACUCAGCUCACGAAGAAUAACCAGAUCCUGCGCGCUCUGUACCUGCAGACCGACUCCCAGAAUGCGCAGACGCUGGUCCAAGUGGUGCUCAAGCACCCCGUUCUCAAUCUCGUCUAUCGAUCCUACCGCACGGAGGAAGAAAAGCAGAGCAUAUUGGAAGCCGAGUGGCAAAGACCGUUUGAUCCGGCAAAGCCAUUCGUACGGUACACGUUGCUUGAGGACUCCCAGGGCACACGCCACCUGGUCAUCAACCUGCAUCAUUCCUCCUACGACGGGACCCUCCUUCACAUUUUUGACGACCAAUUCCAGGCCCUCAACCAGAACCAGCCCAUCCAGCAGCCAACACCGUUCAAAGACUUUAUUACGCACUUCCUGCGCACCCCGAAGCAGCCGCAGCUCGACUACUGGACCCGCCUCCUUCAAAACCACUACUUCGACUUCCCAUCCACCGUCACCGAACCAAAGCUAUCCAGCACCGAGGUAGCAAAAAUUGACGCGUCCCUGGGCAUCAAUGACCUGGCCAGCUCCACGGGGGUAACGGCCCCAAUCGUGUUCCAGACGGCCUACUCUCUCCUCCUGGCCCACCUCAGCGGCGCACGGGACGUGAUCUACGACAAUCUGGUGACGGGGCGAAACGUCGCCCUCGACAACCCGCAGCUCAUCAAUGGGAACUGCGCAAACUUCCUGCCGUACCUUUCGUAUGUGGCGGAUGAUAUGCCAAUUGAGACCCUGCUCCGGUCCACACAGGCGGACUUCUGGGCGUCGACGGAGAACGGCCUGGUGUCGCUCGGUGAGAUAUAUGAGGCUCUGGGUCGCGAUCGGUCCACUGCCGCCGCCAAAUGUCUCUUCUGCUUCCAGCCAUUCGAGCCGGUCACCGCUCAGCAGGAUCCCAUGCGCUGGGUGGUCAUGAAGAUGAGCAAGAACCGGAUGACUUUCAACUAUGCCAUCCAGAUGGAGGUGGUCAAGGCGGCGGCCAAGGGCGAGUAUCUUGUGCGAUUCGGCUAUGAUGAGAGAGCGUUCUCGGCUGAGGAGGCUCGGACGGCGUUGGCAUGGUAUACUCGGUGUUUGGAUGGCAUGGUGAAAAGCAAGGUGAUCGGGGAGCUGGGGGUCUAG